AUGAAGUUCACUUUAGCUACUCUCGCCGUCGCUGUUGCCACUGUCUCAGCUGCCGUUCCCAACUGUGUCCAAGAAUACACUGCUAAGGAAGGUGAUAACUGUCGUUCCGUUGCUGCUGAGCAUAAGGUCUCUCUCCAACAAUUGUACAGAUGGAACUUCAUUACCAACGAUGCCCCCGCUGGUGAUUGUUCCGCUUUCCAAGCUGGUGAAACUUACUGUGUCAAGGUCGACAACAGACUCCGUAAGAGAAACUGGUUCUACAAGACCCAAGGUCUUACCGGUCAAAAGUUAGACCUCGCCAAGCAAAAGAUUGCCGCUGCUAAGGCCAAGAAGACCACCAAGAAGACCACCAAGAAGACCACCAAGAAGACCACCAAGAAGGCUACCAAGAAGACUACCACCAAGAAGACUACCACCAAGAAGACCACCACCACCAAGAAGACUACCACCACCAAGAAGACUCAAUCCAAGCCCGGAGAUAACUGGAGCUCCACUCCUGCCAAUGCUCCCUCUAACGCUGUUAGACACAUUAUCUCUACCUGUACAAAGUACUCCACUGUUACCUCCAAGGAUUCUUGGUGUGGUGAUUUCUCCAAGAGAAACGGUAUCAGCAUGUCCGACCUCUACAGCUGGAACGCUGGUCUCCACGGUCCUGGCAAGCACGAGUGUGAUAACCUCGAUGACGGUAAGGCUUACUGUGUCAAGGCCUAA